UGCCACCACAGCACAGCUGCCACCACGGCAGAGCUGCCACCACAGCAGAGCUGCCACCACAGCACGUCCUGUCACCACGGCCAGUGUCCGGCAAUGGAGGCCACUGAGGACACCGAGGAGCCCCCUCUGCCUCUGGCUCUGAGCAGCUUUCAGGUCUCCGAGGAGUUUGGCUUCCUGCUUUCCAAUCCUCUGACAGAGCUGCCGGCGCCCUACGGCCCCUGGAUGGACAUCGCCCGUCAGCUGCCCCAGCUGAUUGUGAGCCACCAGCUCCGCUCCCGUGUUCACCAGAUGCCGCAGCUGAGCCCCCAGCACCUCCGAGGACACGAGGAGCUGCGCUUGGCMCAUCUGGUGCUCGGGUUCAUCACCAUGGGCUACGUCUGGCAGGAGGGCGAGAAGGGCCCCGUGCAGGUCCUGCCCCGAAAUCUCGCCAUCCCCUACUGGGAGGUGUCCCAGGCCCUGGGCCUGCCCCCCAUCCUCAGCCAUGCAGAUUUUGUGUUGGCCAACUGGAGGAGGAAGGACCCCAACGGGCCUGUGGAAAUUGAGAACCUGGACACCAUCAUCUCACUGCCCGGGGGAGAGAGCCUGCGRGGCUUCAUCCUGGUCACCCUGCUUGUUGAGAAGGCAGCUGUGCCUGGCAUCAAGGCAAUCCCCCGGGCCCUUGGUGCCAUGSUGCAGCGAGAUGAGGACACCCUGCACAGAGCCCUGGAGCAGCUGGCAGGGGCCAUCGAGGCCAUGAGCAGGGCACUGAGGAGGAUGCACGACUAUGUGGAUCCAGAGGUGUUCUACACUGUGAUCAGGAUAUUUCUCUCYGGCUGGAAGGACAACCCUGCCAUGCCCCACGGGCUGAUCUACGAGGGGGUGUCCCCGGAGCCCAUGGCGUUCUCGGGGGGCAGCGCGGCACAGAGCACGGUCCUGCACGCCUUCGAUGAGCUGCUGGGCAUCUGCCACCACCAGGACAGCGCCGCGUUCCUGCUCAGGAUGAGGGAUUACAUGCCCCCGGCGCACCGAGCCCUGGUGCAGGAGCUSCAUGGYGCGGUGUCCCCAUGUCCCCUCCGGCAGCACAUCCUCUCCUGCGGGGAUCAGCGGCUCCGCGCCGCCUUCAACCGCUGCGUGGCCGCCCUGACAGCCUUCAGGUCCCACCACAUCACCGUGGUCACCAAAUACAUCAGCAUCGCGGCUGCCAGAGCCCGGGCAGAGCCGGGAGCCGGGGCCGGCCCCGCGGGGGGAGAGCCCCCGUCUGCCCUGGAGACCAAAGGGACAGGAGGGUCCCCCAUCUUCAGCUUCCUCAAGAGCGUCAGGGACAGCACCAGGGAGGGGAUGAUAAAUGCCUGAGCUGCCCGAGGGUGGUGAGGCACUGCCCAAAGGGCUKCAGUGUCUGUAAUGCACAAUUCAAGAUCCACAACCGCCCAUCAGCUCUAGCCUUCCCACCGGCGUGUUUGGGACACCAGGGACAUGCUGGGGCUGGCGACAGAGGACAGCGCUGCUGCUGCUUCCCCCGAAGGCUCUCAGUGAGCUCAGAUCCUCCCCUGGCCCGGGAUGGGGCAGUGUCCCCCAUGGCACCGACGUCACCCCUCCCUCCCCGUGUCCCUCUGUCCGUCCCCAUCUCCCUCCCCGUGUCCCUCUGUCCGUCCCCAUGUCCCGUGUCCCUCUGUCCGUCCCCAGCUCCCUCCCCCGUGUCCCUCUGUCCGUCCCCAGCUCCCUCCCCCGUGUCCCUCUGUCCGUUCCCAUGUCCCUCCCGCUGUCCCACGAUGGCUGUGGGAGCUGCGGGAUGGACACGGGUGGCUCACACGGAGCAAUAAAGCCGCGAAUGCAGCCCCUGUUCCAUCGCAGCGCUGCUCCAGCACCAGGUGGCGACCRAAACCCGCGUUUGGCUCCCGAGGAAAGAGGAGCGGGAGCCGCAAACCCGCGGGGAUCGGGCGGAGGGAGGGGACAGCCAAGGGCGAGAAGGAGCUSCCCAGGGUGACCCCAGCCCUGGCACCCCCAUACGGCUCCUCUGCCCCAAAGGGACCGCGAUUCUCCCGGGGACACCCCACAAACCCCAAUUCUCCCGUCACGGCAGAGAUGCCGGAGCCACCCGAGCCCCGGCACGGGAGGAACCAAGGCGGGGAUGAACUCGGGCGGGUCAGGGGCUGUGUCURCCCAUGGAAGA